AACCUGCAGCGGCAGGAACUUUCUGAGCCGCUCCAUCUGCAUAUGUUCAAGGUGCCUUUGAUGUGCGUGCAGCAGCUUCUGGAAAGCGGACUGCAGCUUCCCCCCUCGGCAGCCCUCCCUCUCCCCCACCCUUCCCCACCUCCCCUCCCACCACCGCCACUUCAGCCCACACACGCAAUUUGUUGGAGAAGCGAGGGGAAAAAAAAAAAAAAAAAAAAGAAAGAAAGAAAAAAAAAAAAAGUGAUGAAAUGAACAAGAAGUGGUGAAUUACCCAAGCGACUUUCCCCUUAAGAGCCAACGAGCUGGGAAGAGGAGCAGCAGCCGGUCCCCGGGCACCGGGGGGACCCGCCGGGCACCCGCCGGGGACCGCGGGGGCUGCCUGGUUGGCGGAGCGUGAAUGCGGCUCCGCAGCGAGAUGCAAAAAGCUUUAUCCGCUUGCAUUUGACUCGCGAUGCCGGCUCCUCACUAGAAUGCAAACCCUCGCACAGGAUGAAAACAGGUCAUUCUUCCAGAAUGCCAGAGGAAAGUUCACCAAAGCGGAGUCCUCAAAACAUCCCGUACAAGGACCUGCCCCAUAUCAUCAAUGCUGAUGGCCAGUAUCUCUUCUGCAAGUAUUGGAAGCCAACAGCAACUCCCAGGGCCCUGGUGUUUAUCGCUCAUGGCGCUGGGGAGCACUGCGGCCGCUAUGAGGACCUGGCCCAGAGGCUGACAGAACUUAACUUGUUUGUUUUUGCCCAUGACCAUGUUGGUCAUGGGCAGAGCGAGGGGGAUCGUAUGGUUGUCUCAGAUUUCCAUGUCUUCAUCAGGGACAGCUUGCAGCACAUUGAUCUCAUGAAGAAAGAGCACCCUGAGCUGCCCGUUCUCAUUCUGGGGCACUCCAUGGGGGGAGCCAUCUCCAUUCUGACAGUUAGUGAGAGACCCAGCGAGUUUUCAGGCAUGCUGUUAAUCUCUCCUUUAGUCGUAGCCAGCCCAGAAGUCGCCACUCCCAUCAAGGUUUUUGCAGCAAAAGUGCUCAACUUUGUUCUCCCAAACCUGUCAUUAGGAUCCAUAGAUCCAAGUGCAAUUUCCCGGAACAAGAAGGAGAUAGAAUCUUAUACAUCUGAUCCCUUGGUCUACCAUGGUGGCAUGAAGGUCUCCUUUGUCAUCCAGCUGAUGAAUGCCAUUGCCAGAAUUGAACGAGCUCUGCCCAAGUUGACUUUGCCCAUCCUGGUGCUACAUGGCUCUUCCGACAAGCUCUGCGAUAUCAGAGGGUCCUAUUUACUGAUGGACACAGUGCAGAGUCAGGACAAAACGCUCAAGGUGUAUGAGGAAGCUUAUCAUGCCCUCCACAAAGAGCUGCCUGAGGUCACUACCUCUGUCUUCACAGAAAUACUAACAUGGAUUGGCCAGAAGGUCUCAGCAGCUGGAGAAACCAGCCAUACUUAAGAGCAAUUGGUUUUGCAGCUCUUUCUGGGGUUUUCUGAGAAUCAAUGCUUUUCUUAAUAGAAGUCUCUCUGGAAAAUUUAACAUAGAGGGACUCUUGGGAUGUUUUAUCAUGCACAGUGUAAGGGAGGGUGGGGGGAGAAGCACAGGAUGGGGGGCGUAUUUGGUGAUGUAAAUGGCUGCUGCCCUAAUCUGGGGAAGAACUGAUAGCUGUGGGAGCAGCCAUCAAAGGUCUCCAGGUGGGGCAAUUUUACUGAAAUGCCCCUCACCUACCAAACUUCCCCCAUCACUUUCCCUUCUCUGAUUUGGCUGUGGUGACAGGGGUGUCUUUCUACUGCAAUAACUCUUGGUAUGUUAAAGAAGGCAGUAUCUUCCACUUCAUGGUUUUGAUUCCAGGUGCACAGUCCCUUCCCUGACCCCACCAUCCAGUACCUUAAAAGCCCUGGUCCUUGAGCAGUAUGAAGGUGCUGGAUAACAAGGAGGGGCUAAAAAUAGAGCUUAAAGCUCCCUGAAGGUGAAAGGCUGGUUUUCAAGGUCAGACCCCUUUGGAUACUGCCUUUACAAGCAGGGCAGGAGGGAGCAUAUAAAGAACCUCCCCCACCACCCUGCACAUCCUCUGUGAGUUUGCACUUGGGGAAAGUGUGUUGAACAGCUCUUUAAUUUUCAUCAUCAGAGCAGGAUCUCAUAGGGGAGAGGGGGAAUGUGCAAUCAAACCCACUUAGCACAUUGAAAACCCAUGCUUUUCCCAGUGCCAAACCCCAUCUCCUUUGCAAAAUGAACUAUUCUGUAAAUAUAUUAUUCCCUUCCCUUUUUUUUUUUUUCCCUUUUUUUUUUUCCUUUUGGAAUUAAUCACUUAUGCUACUGAAACUGAAAAAGCAAAGUCAAAGUUCUAAGAUAAUAUAGUAAUAUAUGAUGUAUAUAGAGGUGGCUGAGAGCUGGGGAAGGGAUGGGAGGAGAGUCUAAAGAAGGGGUUAAUUGUUCCUUCUCUUGGCAAGGAAUAAUGUUGUCCUACAAGGAUCCAGUCCUCUCACCAUAAAUUUACAGUCAUAAUCUGUUGUUUUCCUUCAUCAGUUGGAAAAUGUCCGGAAAAUAAUGCUAGAGAGAAGCACAGAGCAUCUGGUGGGUGGGGAUUAGCAGUGGGUGUCCUCAUGGUCCACUGGUUUAGCAGAAGACCCACUGUGUGAACAGAGGUCUUAACCAAGCUCACCCCAAUCUCUUCCUAAUCAGCACAAGCACUUCUGGGGCAGAUCACAGAGCACAGGGGCCAAGUUGACCCCUCUAAGCAGCAUGGAAAACUGAAGGCAGACUAUAUGGUGCCAUCAUCCAUCCAACAUCUACCUUGCUGCACUGGGUGCACCCAGGGGCUCUGGUGUACAAGCUGCCUUGGAGGAGCUUGUGAACUGGUCCAAUGGUGCAGACAAGCCAAACCCUAAAGCUGCCUGGGUCUCUGGUAGCAGCAUAGCUAAAGGAAAGGCUUAAGACCAGUUAUGGAGAAAAGGCAUUGUAUCCAUAGAGCAAAAGCUGCAUAGGCACCAUAGCAUGGCUGUGCAGCUCAGUUUGUUCAGGGUGAUGGCCCUAGUUUUGAGUACACUUCUUGGCACUAGCCAAAGGGAAGGGGGUUAACCUGUGCCUCUCCCUCCAAUUUUGCAAGAAGAAAACACCUGUGAAUAUUGCACUAUGAGAGAGUGGGACAUCUCCCCCAGUGAGAAGCCAGCCCAGCAGCAGUGCCAGCAUCGUUGUAUCUCAUGCCACUGCCCCCAGGGCUGGAUCCUACCUGUGGCAGUGAUGGGGCUCACCCACCUCUCCUCCCCUCUUGCCCCAGGUCUAGCAAGAUUCAGGAAAGGGACCUUUGUGCAAUAACAGAAUCAGGGCUCAGGCCCAUUUGAUCCCAGCAGUGUGGAUGGAUGAAGGAUGUGUGGAGGCAGGUUAUGUCCUUGUAGGGGCCCUAGAGGGGCCCAAGUCAGGAAAGCUUUUAUGCAGGUUGAUCCAGGCACUUUUGUAUUUGUAUUUUCAUGCCUCUAAAGAGAGGAAUGAGCUGUUGUUUUUUCAGCAACACCAGCUUUUGAUUCACUAUUCCAGUGCAAUCAGCUUUUCCCACAAACUCCUGCUGAGCUGCUGGUGACACUUGCUUUAGGAAGGGAGCAAGGCACAAUUGCCUGCUCUGUACCUUCCAGCAGCCUGGCUUGUUGCAGCUUCUUUUCCCCAAGCAAGAUCUCUCCUUGCCAGAUGCUGCUGGGGAAAGACAACAAGAUGACAAACACUACAGCAGUGAUAAACCUCACCUGCCUCUUCAGCUGGAAGGGGAAUCAAGUAGGCGUGAUCCAGUGUGACAGGCAUUGUGGGGGUAGUAGCAAGAUGAUGAUUUAAGGAUGGGAUUUUUGAAAGCAUUUUUCCCAAGCAAGUCAAGAAGAGCAAAUCAAUGCCCACAUUCUUUACAUCCCUUCUCAAAUUGACAAGCACUUUGUGGGGGGAGGGAAGUGACCCUUCAGGAGGAAGGUCAGAGCCCGUCUGCUCCCUCCAACCUGGCUUCAGGCAGAGGAAGGUCCGUGGUCAGUGCCUUUGAUAAAAUGUGUCCUUUCACUCAAGAAACAUCUGCAGCUCAGCAGAAAGACAAGGAAACCAGUUACGUUGAUGUGGGGAGGGCUUGUCCCUCUGGCUAGCUAAGCUCAGUAAUGGCAUGUGGCCUGGGGAAGCCAUGUUUGAAAUCCGGUUACCAAACAAAAAGUUGAGAGAACAACAAUAAAAAUGUCAAAUAAGCCCCAAGCUCCUGGCACAACAGGGGCUACUGCCACCCUGGGCCAGUUUUCUGAAGAAUUAUCUUCUGAGGAAAUAAACACAAGGAAACCUACCCGAAGAAGCCCCAAGGAAGGCUGGGCAGCCUGCCCUGGGCACACACCUCCCGGCAGACUGCUGAGCCCAAGGGAGCAGCUCCUGUGUGCAGGUGGGGAGAUGAGCACAGAGGGAAGGAGCAAAUCACCCUGGGUCUGCUGAGAUGCUGUUUGCACCAGCUGCAGCUCGGCCCUCACUGCUGGUGCUGAUCACUCACCCUGCCUGUAAGCUACUUUAUAUUGACCCAGUUAGGUUUCACCGUGUCCCAGAGGAAUCCUUCCUUCACUGACCAGAUUAGCAAUGAGCAGAGCUGCUGCCAAGGAAAAUGUAAUUAAAGCCUAUUUUCAAAUGGCAGGUACAAUUUGCAGGGAGCACAGCCAGCCUUAGGGGUGUUGCUGCGCGGAGCCGCACCGGAGACCGCUCUGCCCUUAGAAUGGGUGGCACUCGUGACUGAGCAAUAGCAACGUGUAACCACUGUACAGAUCACCUCCUGUAGCACUGAGAGACCAUCCCCCACUGCCUAAACCCAUCACAUUUUCUAUUUAGCCUGUUCUUUUUAUACCACUCACCUUAGGACACUGCCAGCACAAACCCAUGGAGAUCACACUUUUCCAAGUAAUUUCCUGAGCUUGUCUCUCUUGUUCCAUUGUGUUCCAGUUCAAUAAAAUACAUUUAUAUAUAUAUAUACAUAUAUAAAAACAUAUAUGCAUACACAUGUAUUUUCAGUGGGAAGAAUCAUAUACAAGUUUAGGAUUCUUAAAGGAAUACAAUGUAUAUUGCAACUAAUAAUAAAGUUAUGUUUUCUGAA